AUGAACCCUUUGUCUAUCGCCGCCGGUGCGGCAUCACUGGCCGGGAGCACCUCCAUUUUCUCCUCCUCGCUCCUCAAGCUCAUCAACGAUGUUAAGAACAUUGACACCAAAGUCAUAAAUCUCUCAGGAGAAGUCAGCCGUCUAGCAAAACUCCUAGCCUCUGUCGAAAAGACCGUGAAGCAAUGUAGUACCCAGACCCUGGCUCUCGGCCACCUGGACGAUCAUAUGUGGCGGCAAAUCGAUAACGCACUCGUUGACUGCAAGGUCACCGUCGAUGAAUUAGACCGGGUGGUCAUGCGACUGACGAGCACCUACGACACUGAGGCAAAGAACUUUGUUAAGCUUAUCAAGAGCCCAGGUCUUCAUUUCCGGUAUAGCCUUCGGAGUAACGAAAUCCAGGAGUUUACUGAUAAGAUUUACAAAUGCAAUUGUGCUAUGCAGACCGCUCUGUCUGUCGUGAAUGUAUCCUUGACCUUCCGUGCAAAUGCGAGCCAGGAUAGCCUCUUCCAAGAGCUGCAACAGCUCAGGGGAUUAAUCGCAGAGGCUGUGAAAGCAGUUCACAGCAAACCCGAAAGAGAGAGCGAAGGGAAACAGGAAGGGGAAGAGAAGGAGCAGCCAAGGCCCAUCGAUCCCUUCGCCGCGCGACAGGCUCGAAACCUCGAGGAACUCGCCAAAGCGGCUCGGAAGUUCCACCGUGAAACCAGCUACGCGGCCAGCACGAGGUCAUCAAUGUGGGGGGGAAGCGAGUUUGGCGUUGCUCUCACUGACGAAGAGAGGAAUCGUAUUGAACUCUGGAAUGACAGCUUGCCCAUUGUUCCGGGGUCCGAAUCUGGAGAUAAAGAGGGGAAGAAGGACUUGGAGCACCGUGGCAUAAACCCCCAUCGCUCUGUCGACCCCAAUGAAGAUGAUGCCAAAUCGCUUUCCAGCGAGUCUGAUGUAGAACUCGAUUUCUGCCGAAACCUGGAAGAGCUCGCCUAUGACAGUUUCAUGAAAGGGAACUAUCCCAAAACAGAGGAAUGCUUGAGAACGGCAAUUGUGAAAGCCACCAGCGGUCCCUCCGCUAAACGUACGCUCACUUCCUUACAGCUUCGGCUCGCUCUCUGCCUUUGCGCCCUCAAAAAAUGGGAUGAGGCAUCCUCCCUACUCUUCUCGCUACCCAAGUCCAAAUCUCCCGAGAGCCUGCCAAUCUACGAUCUCCUGGAGGCAGUUGCUCUUGCUCAUCUUAAGGACUCUCGCUUCGAUGAUGCCUACAACAUCUGCAAGGCUGUGUUGCGUGCGAAGAGAAGGAUUGCGGGAAAAGAGAGCCCCAGCUACUGCGCCUGCUUAACUAUUUUCGCCAUAACUUCACAUCCAGAGGCCGAAGACGCUGAUAUGUUCGAGAAUAUCACUUUAGUCCAAUUAUCUGGAGAGGCCCAUGUGCCACAAGAUCUGACGGGGCAAGUACGGGCCGAGGAUUCCACUGAUAGCAAUAGUAGCCUUGCCUCGGUCCGUCUCGAAGGAUCCGACGAUUCUAGUCUCCCUCACAGGGGCCAGAAACGCAAAGUGAAAGUUACCCAAGACGCGGACACGCGUUCCGGCCAAGAAAUUGGAAUUGAGAGCCAAGAUAUCAACCACGAUGGAGCUGAUCAAGACCUGGGUUCAGGGCCGCCUGCUCUACAAACUGUCCACAGCCAUACAACAAGGACUUCAGGACCCGAACACCUGGAAAGGGAGGCGCCAUCGUCAUUGAUGAUUGGAAUGAAGAAACUUGUCCGGAGAUUGUCAUCGUUUAGACACAAGGGGCCGUUGCUCACCGGCAAUCCCGAUCCCGCAGCUGAGAUGCCCUACCCCCGAUUCUGGCUCGACGAAACCGGAGAGGCUGGAUUUUCGGGCCAAAGCUGGAACUUUAUCGGGGACUCCGCUAUGAACCCCUCCGUUUAUGCGACAGAACUGCAAAUGCAGGAGUUUGAGCUCUGCCAGCUCCUGUCGAAGGACAAAGAAGGGAGUCCUCUAUCUGAACAACAGCUCAACUCUAUGGUCUACACUAUUCCCGACUUCUUGCAUCGAAUGGGCUGGGAGUGGCUGACGAAUAUGCUCUCGGACGACAAUCUGAUGCGCCACGCAAGGGUAAUCCCGCACUCGAUUGCCAUUACAAAUUUCUUCUUUCAUUGGGAGGGGUUGAAUCUCGAAAAUCUGAGGGAUCACACCCUGCCGCGGAGUAUUGUUGUGUUGAAUGCGGACGAGAUAAUGGUUGACUGCACUCCACUGAUCUUCCAGCCCGUCUCGCCACUCCACAUUGUGAUGUGGGAGUAUCAACAGGGAUACAUCGGUGAAUGCGCAGGACUGAACCGAGCGCAAACUUUGUUCGCCAGCCACUGCCGCACGAGGCUGAUUGCAAAGCUCCGAAGCUCUAUUUACAGUAUCAGCCGCAUGGAGCUGAAGGAGAUGCUGAAAAAUUGCAGCCAGCAGUUCCGGGAACUCAUUCGGCAAUUCGACGAUACGGAAGAAUGCCAUGAGCGAAACUGGAUAGUCCGAUACAUUGCUCCCGAAGGCGCUCCCGGGUUCGGUGGAAGCUUGGCCUUUAGCGGUGCACAGAUCCUGAGCUGCCUGAAGCCCUCGGUCGAUAUGGUUGUGAAGGCGCUUCAGCUUUGCAUUGGGAGGAUGCACUCUGAGGGUGGAAAGAUUUCGUACGUUCUCCUCGGAGGAUCGUACACCGAAUCUCCGUAUCUCGUGUCCUCGCUCCGUAGGGCCGUUCAGAAGCUUUCGGAGGCGAACGGUGGAACUAUCCAGGUCUUACAUGCGCCUAAGGGGGUUGAUGCUCGUCUUCUUGGGGCAUUAUAUCACUCCCUCAAUUUGCGAAGUAUAGGAGCUGGUUUUCAGUCGAAGCCCUGGGAACACAUGGCACGACGACGAUGA